GCUCGGCAGCUGCUUUGUGAAAGAGGAAGCAUCGGGGAUAGAAGUUACCAGAUGGUUGUUUUUGCAGACAAUAACCAGCUGAAUAACCAUAUUAAACAUCGGCAACGGACUUGAACGCCGCUCUUGUUAAAAAAGCUCUGACCACAGAAGCAGCUGAUCCUGUUCAAGACAACCAUGCCUGCUGUGUCUGCACCCGCUGAUAUCUGCAGCUCACCUCCUUCUCCAGUGGACAGCAGUCCUCGGAGGUUGUCCUGGGGCAAACUGGUGCAAAGACUGGCUGAUUUCAGCACCUCUGCCAAUAGCAGCAGCAUUGAGUCGGGGUCCAACAAUGGCAGUAGGAGUGAUCUCUCAGAUUCAGGGUCAGAUGUCUCCAGUGACCUGUCUCCUACAAAUGAAGACCUGUUUUAUGAUCCAAUGGAGGAGACCAUCCUGAAAGAAGUAGUGGACCUGAUUGCAGGAAGCCUGAGAGAAGCCAAAGACUCAGACUGCGCCUUACGUUGUACCAAACUGCUCAUCCCCGAGAAACUUCUGGAGCACAUCGGACAGGAGCUCCUUCACCUGGCAGCUAGCGAGCCCUGCGGUUUAAGAGGUGCUCUUAUCGACCUUUGUGUGGAGCAAGGGACCGUCUGUGAGAGCAUGGGACAGCUAUCUGUGGACCCCUACCUUGUCCCCACCUUUCAGCUGACUCUGGUUUUAAGGCUGGAGUCCGGUGGACUGUGGCCUAAGAUCCAAGGACUUUUUAGCACAAAGUCUCCUUCCACUCCGGUGGUGAGACAAGCUAUUAAACUUAGCACUGGUUUCCGAGUGAUCAAGAAGAAACUGUAUUGUUCUGAAGAACUGCUCAUUGAAGAAUGUUGAGAAAUCUAAGGGACUGUCGAUAUUUUAUUGUUUUUAAGACGCCCAGUUAAGCUCACAGAAGGGCCUUAUUACUAUAACUACAUGUAAAUGAUGCCUUCUGGAGUGUAAGGAGGGACAUUGUCAUGAUGUAGACUAUUGUUCCCAAUGUAAGGGAGUUUAUGGUACCUGGAGCAGGUGUUGCUUUUGCAAUUACAAUGUUUAACCAACAUGAUUAAUGUGGUAAAUAGGCAUUUGGCGAAAGCUCAUACCUCAGUUUCUAUUGAAACGUACAACGGCAGCUAGCUAUGUGAUUCAUUGAAGACCAUUGUGUUUUUUUUUUCCUUUUUUAUACAUGGCAAUUAAUUGUAAUGCACACCCAGUGAUGAAUUGUAUACCAAGCAAACCAUUAGGGACCCUAGUGACUGCUUGAAUUCAAGAGCAAAGGCUUACCAGCACUUGCAUUGUGCAGUUUAUGUGCAAGCUGUGGUUAAGAUUUCCAAUGUAACUUGAUCUUGUAUCCAUGUAGACCUUUCCUGCUUUUCUCUUUAUUUAUUUGACAUUCAAAUACUCAUAACAAUGCACUGUUUUUGUACUUUCAUGACUGCAAAUAAAUUAUUUUUUGUAACAAUU